CCGCGGCUUUAGCAUGCUUGUAUAGGAUGUUAUGUCGAGCCACUCAGGUGGGUGUGACUCAGAUCGGAGGACCCCUUGUCUUGCUACAGGUUAGUAAGAAUUUUAUUACAUGUCAAUUCAUAUUGUAUGGCAUAUAUCAGUAUUGUAAUUGCGUUCAAACUAUUGCAGAUUUGGGCGUGGGAAAGAUUGAUUCGCAUUGCCCCGUCUAGGCGGCAACUAGUUGCUCUUGGUGAGGUUUCCAUCGGGCAGGGAGACAUGCAGAUGCCGGCCGGACCUCGAGGUAGCCGGUGGAGGGUUGACAUGAGCCACGAGGUCGUAUCGACCCACGUAGUGGUCGUGUAUAGAGACCAGCUUGACCGGAUGAUAGACGGCGAGUUUAUCUGGCAGCCUUAUGCUGAUGUCCUCCACACGCUCCCAGACUACUGCCGCCUAGGUGAGGAUAUAUGGAUGGCGAGAGUACCACUCAUUUGUUUUGACGUGGUUGAGUGGCAUCUCCCUGAUCGUGUCCUCCGACAGUUUGGUGAUGUCCUCCACACGCUCCCACACCAGAAAUGCCCUGGGC